AUGAGUUUGCAGAUUUUAAACGUGGAAAAUGGAGGAAACAUCAAUGAUAUAACAGCAGACGACGAUGAGGUGUUUUUCGCACCGCCGGAACCUACAGGGAGACCUUCCAUUCUGCGCCUGUCCCAGAAGGAAAACUUGCCACCAAAAAGUGUGGCAAAAACUAUGAAGGUAACCUUUCAAACUCCUCUAAGAGAUCCUCUGACUCGAAAAAUCUUAAGUCCUACUAUGACGGACAAACUUGAUGCUACUUUCACGCUUGAUGAUUGCAGUGAAGCCUUGGCAGAUGGACUUGUAUCUGCACCCAUGGAUUUUGACACAUGUCAAGAAAAGACAGAAGCUGAAGCAAGUAACACAGUGAUAAAUACACAAAUGCCAGAGAAGGUCAGUGCAGCUCCUUACCCAGAUGAUGAGAUGCCAGUGAAGAGUCGAGGUUCCUACAGUCUUGAUUUUGAUAACUUAAAUGACAUCAAUCCCUUUCAAAGUUCAGUCCAGUUGCAGCAUUCUCCUGGAAAUCUGCAAAAGUCUCCUGUAAGAGCAUCUAGCAGCCCUGAGAAAACUUCUAAAAAAAGUAAUGAAUCUCUUCUGGAUGAUACAGCCUCUUUUGCUUCAACCACAGCAAGUACAGAACACUUAAGUGAACAGAAAAAGACUGUCUUCUCUGGAAAAGAAUCUGUAUUGAGAGAGGCGGAGUCUAACAGAUCCAAGCUGUCCCCUAAGCAAGCAAUCAGUGACUCUGUACAGGAUGUGAAGGCUGCUUCCUUUGAUCUGAGUCAAAGUGAUAAUUUGGUGGGAUUAGCAGAAACACCUACACCUCCUGUACAGUUACCUGGCAGCUUAGGUCCCAGUGGUUCUGAUGUAACCAGUUCUUCGAGAACUGGGGAAUUGAAGCUUCAGGAUGUUUCUGCAGCAGAAAAAGCCUCUGCAGAAGAGUCAAGGCCUGUGAAAGAGCUGGCUAUCUCCAAAGGGGAACCUGCAGAACAGCCUGGUGUCACCAAGGCUGGACCAGUAAAACUUGAAUUUGACUUUGAUAAUACCACUGCUAGAAAACCACCUCCUAAGAAACUAGGUAAAAGACCUGGACUUAAGCCACCUUCCAAAAGAACUCCUAUUACCAAAACAAAACCAGAGAAUACCGGAGUGCAAAAUAAAAGUAAUGUGGAAGAUGACAUCCCUCUUCCCAAAGCAUCUUACAAGUUUGACUGGGACAACCUUGAUGAUCCAAACUUUAAUCCAUUUGGAGGAGGCUCUAAAAUUUCCAGCUCACCCAAGUGUUCUAUACCUGACCCUCAGAAAGUUCACCUGCAGGAGGAGCAGGGCAGUACAUCAUCAAGAAGGGAGCCUUUUCCUGUGGAGCAGGGUAACGGACUAAGCACCUGUGAAUCUCUUGAAAAAACAGAACCCAAAAUACUUGAUCAGAGUGUGGGAGAAGACAAGCCAAGAACUCAAGACAACAAGCCAGGAGUUCAAGCAGACACUGAACUUUCGGGACAGAGCACCACGGAGAAGCAAAUGAGCCCAUCUAAAAUAUCUCCAGCUAAGGUCCCCUGUCAAGAUAACUUGAUUUCUGCUGACAGUGGAAAAAAGUCAAUGGCUGCAGAAGAAAUUAAACCUAGUUCCCACAGAACUGAAAUUACAACAGAUGAGCAGACAGCUAGCACUGAACCUGAAGAGUUCUUCAGACCAUCAUCAGAAGUUCUUGGAAUGGGCAUAGAAAUAGACUACCUGGAACAGUUUGGGACUUCAUCAUUCAAAGAGUCUGCCUUGAGGAAGCAGUCGCUGUAUUUGAAGUUUGACCCUCUCUUGAGAGACAGUCCGAGAAAACCAGUUUUUGGUACUAUUGAAACAAAUAUGAAUACCAUGACCACUCCGCUGCAGUGUGGUCCUGUUGCUGAUUUAAGUAAAUUGCAUGAGGAAGCUGAAAAGCCUGCAGUGAGUCUACAAAGUGAAGAAAAACCAAAAGGACUGGAUCUGCUGGGAACAUUUACAACUUCUGACACAGACCCUCUGAUUCCAGACUCGCUGACUAGUGAUGUUCCUCCUCUCCCUUUUGCUGCUUCCACGAAUACUGCAGUGGGUGCUAUUAUAGAAGUGCUCAAAUACAGCCAAAAAGACAUGGAUGCAGCUGUUGAGGUGGUUAAGAGAGAGGUUCAAGAAAAACAGUUGGAGACACAGGAAUGGAAAAAGAAGUAUGAUGAGCUUCAUAUGCAAUACAAAGAAAUGGGAAAAAUAGUUGCCGAGUUUGAAGGUACAAUAACACAAAUGAUGGAGGAUGCUCAGAAGCAGAAGGAAGUUUCAAAGAAAGAAAUGCAGAGGAUGGUGGAAGAGAAGAAACAAGUUAUUUCAGACCUGAACUCUAUGGAGAAAUCUUUCUCUGAACUCUUCAAACGAUUUGAAAAACAGAAAGAAGUGCUAGAGGGCUACCGCAAAAACGAAGAAGCUCUGAAAAAAUGUGCUGAAGAAUACCUGGCUAGAAUUAAAAAAGAGGAGCAGAGAUAUCGGGCACUAAAGGCACAUGCUGAAGAAAAGCUGCAUCAUGCAAAUGAGGAAAUUGCCCAGGUACGAAGCAAAGCUAAAUCAGAGACUGCAGCACUACAAGCCAGUCUCCGCAAAGAACAAAUGAGGAUCCAGUCUCUAGAGAGGAGCCUUGAACAAAAGACUAAAGAAAAUGAUGAACUAACGAAAAUCUGUGAUGACUUGAUCUUGAAGAUGGAAAAGAUCUGAUAGCUUAUCUGUGUUGUAAAUAUGUCUAGUCUCUUGGACUUCAUGUUGUUCACUCACUUUUUAAUUAUGUAUGUUGGAAAAAUAAAACUCUUGAUUUGCA